AUGAGUUAAUAAUAAUUUUCCUCAUCCUAUAAAUUUUAGAAAUAUUGGGAUUGCAAAUACCAUAAAGAACACGAAGAUGGAAUCCAUAUAAAUAAUGUGUUUAUUGGUAAGAAUUACGAAGGAAAAACAAGAUUCUAUUGCUAGUUCUGCAGUGAAACAGAAGAUGAAAUAUGGGCGAGAGCUAGAAAAGAGGAUAAGAUUAAAAUAGCUUAUUUAAAUAUUAUUAAAUACAAAUAGGAAACAGUUGAAAUGCCCGAACCUAAAUUAGAAUAGGUUAUGCCACUUGAUCCUAAUAUUAAAAUGAAAUGCAGAGAGCAAAUAAAGGCUUAUUUAGAGACAGAAUAAAAAGAUUUGUAAAGAUUAUCUGAAUUUAUAAAUAACUUCUAAGAUAAUAUUUUGGCUGAGAUAGGUAAUUCUAAAUAAAGGGCUCUUACUUAUUAUAGUGAAUUAAAAAAUCUUGGAUAAAAAUUGGAGGACAGAUACUAUGAAAUUGUAGACUGCUCAAAAAUAUCAGAAAUUAUAAAUGGUAAUGAAGACAAAGAAACCUUACAUGAACUGUUGUAAUAGUUUAUAAAUGAGAGAUUGGAUAACACAAGUAACAACAAAGAGCUUGAUAAACUUUGCAAGGAAUUCAAUGAUAAGCUCAAUCUUUACACUAAAGAUUAAAGUACUAUGUUAUCUGACACCAUUGUAGAAUACACUAAGAAAAUAACAUUCGAUUCAAAUAAGAUAGCCAGAACAGAUAAAUUCGAAGAUGAUGUGAAUAAUUGUAUGGCAAAACUAAAACUUGGUAGUCAAACUUAAUAGAAGAAAUAAGCUGUUCUGUUUAAUAAUAUCAAGCAAUCUAAUUUCUAAAUUGAAAAUCACGAUUCAAAAAUAGAAACUUUAACAAGUUAAAGUGAUUUAUGUUUUGCCAAAUUUACUAAACCUCUCGAUUUUAAGCAAUGUUACUAAUUCAUUUUUAAAAUGACAAAUUUAAACUAGAAUAAAGCAUUGAAGGUAACCUUAGGCGUGGGUGAUAAAGAUGAGCUGAGUGGCUUAACACACUAUAAGACAUUUUUCAAUCAAUCAGAUGACAGAUGCAAUUUUGUCUAAUAGGGUCAAGAUCUCUCACUUCCAUCUUCAGAAUCUCCUAACGAAAUAACAGUUGUCUUGAAUCUCAAUCUGAGCAAAAACAGGUUUUAUUUCACUGAUAAAAACAGAGUGUCUCAAAAUCUUAUGACAAAGAGAAUUCCAUUCUCCCAAGAAAGCAAUUACGGAUUGUAUGUUCACUCUCAAGGCUAAGCCAGUAUCACCCUCCUUCAUUAUGAAAUAAAACAAUAAAGCUGA